AUGCUUCCGGAAACUCCUCAAAAUUAUACUUUCCCAGCUGGUGCAGCGGCUCCAAUCCCUGGUUUCCCCAACUUACCGAGUGUAACAAUCGACCCAUCGAAAUAUCCGGCUCUAGACCAAGUUCCUCCAGUUGAUUCGGAUAUCGUAAAACAAUGGGUAUCAAAGAUUGAUAUGUCAAAAGCACCCAACGUUUCUGUGAAUGGACUCAACGGAUGUACAAACACGACCUUUAAUGCCGCAUCAAUUGCUAAAUCAGGUAGCGAUGGAAAUUGUUGGUCAACCUGUAGCGGGUGUAUCCGGGACACAGAUGUGACGAGUUGUCCCAAUAAAGGGACAUGGGGUGCGAGUUUUGACGAUGGACCAUCGCCGUAUACCCCGAGUCUCUUGCAAUACCUAGAUCAGAAAAAACUCAAAGCAACAUUUUUCGUAGUUGGAUCAAGGGUCAUUAGUUAUCCCAAAGUAUUGCAAGCUGAAUAUAUGUCCUCACAUCAAAUUUGCUUACACACCUGGUCACAUACAUCUUUGACAACUUUGACAAAUGAACAAAUCAUUGCAGAGUUUGCAUGGUCAAUGAAGGCUAUAAAGGAUGUCAUUGGUGUGACCCCAAAUUGUGCAAGGCCUCCUUAUGGAGAUGUUGAUGAUCGUGUCAGGUACAUCAUGAAGUCUAUGGGAUUGAGCGUUAUCCUCUGGACCUCUGUAAAUGGAGUAGCCUUUGACACUGAAGGCAAGCAUACCGCCCUUUCAGCUUCAAAGCCUUCUGCUCAUGUUGCACGGAAGUAG